ACUAAAUAAGCUUAAAUCUUAGUCCUUAAUUUUUCUAAUACCACUUUCAUCAGUUCUUAUAAAGCCAAGCUCUUGUUUCUUUCUCCUCUCCGGCGAAUUAAAAUACACUACAGAGCUGCUGUGUAGCAUUGAAAAGAGCAAAUCCUACUUUGAAAUUGUAGGUUAACUGGUUCUCAGUUUCUUCUGCCACUCAACCGCCGGCUCCGUGUCGGCCAAAUUCACCGGCUAAGGUAGCUGGUCGGCGCACUACGAGUAAAGGAAAUGAACAAUGAAGAAAAACGAUUUAACCGAGAAGAAGAAGAUGAGGAUGAGGAAAGUGGGAGAGGUCGAGAAGCAUGGGAAAGAACUUAUGCAGAUGAAAGAUCAUGGGAGUCUUUGCAGGAGGAUGAAUCUGGUCUCCUUCGUCCAAUUGACAACAAAACUCUAUCCCAUGCUCAGUAUCGACGACGUCUCCGCACUGCAACCGCUGCACGAGUUCAGAAGGGCCUGAUUCGCUACCUUUACAUUAUCAUUGAUUUCUCCAGGGCAGCUGCAGAAAUGGAUUAUAAGCCAAGCCGAAUGGUUGUAGUUGCUAAGCAAGUGGAGGCUUUUGUAAGAGAAUUUUUUGAUCAGAAUCCCCUCAGUCAGAUUGGCUUGGUGAUCUUGAAAGAUGGAGUAGCUCAGUGUUUAACAGAUCUUGGUGGCAGUCCGGAGGCUCAUAUCAAAGCAUUGAUGGGUAAAUUGGGGACCUCAGGUGAUGCAUCCCUUCAGAAUGGCCUAGAUCUUGUGUGUGACCUCCUAAACCAGAUCCCAUCAUAUGGUCAUCGUGAAGUCCUUAUCUUGUAUUCUGCUCUUAGCACAUGUGAUCCGGGGGAUAUACUCGAAACCAUCCAGAAAUGUAAAGCGUCUAAGAUAAGGUGCUCAGUAAUUGGUCUCUCUGCCGAACUCUAUAUAUGCAAGCAUCUCUGCCAAGAGACUGGUGGAAUGUAUUAUGUUGCGUUGGAUGAGCCCCAUUUAAAAGAGUUGGUAUUAGAGCAUGCUCCACCUCCUCCAGCGAUUGCAGAGUUUGCUGUUGCAAAUUUGAUCAAGAUGGGAUUCCCCCAAAGAGCAGCAGAGGGUGUCAUUUCAAUUUGUUCAUGUCAUAAAGAGGCUAAGGUUGGUGGUGGAUACACUUGUCCGAGAUGC